AUGGAAGCUACAAUUAUCACUCUUGCGGGCCACUUGUUUACAGUGGCUUCGCUUGUUGCUGCUCAUGUGGGCACUCGGGUUGUUAUUCAAGCCAAGAAUGCAUUCGCUGCUCACCAUAUCCCUCUCGACCACUCAAAGGCAACAGCGUUGUAUGUUCGUCGCGAUCGAAGAGACCGCCAACGUGCUGUGAACGUCUUUGAUGGGAAUGGAAACAAGGUAUACACUAUUGAACGCAAGUCGAGAUUUAUCCCUAAUUGGAGUAUUUAUGAAUUCCCGAGUAGAAAGGAGAUCGCAACACUGCACCCUGGAUUCAUGGAUAGGUCAGUAGAUUUCCACCACAAGCCUGAUAUCCAACAUCGUGAAAUGAUUGCUCAGAAUGGCAUCAGUGGCAGAAGCAGACACUUCUAUCUCCAGGAUGGAGCUCCUUAUGAAUGGUCAAGAAUGACCAGAUUCUUGGAGAGAGUAGUUAACAAUGGUGGUGGUUCCGAGGAGGUCCGUGAACGGGUUGCCAGGGCCAGAUUGAUGCGUCAAUUCCGUUUCGACUAUGAACUACUCAUUGACGAGUCUAAGAUAGACCGUGAGGUAGUUCUAGCCACUGCAUUCUUAAGCAUGAUCACUGAGUGGGGCUUGGGCCAUAAAACCAGAACCACGGGUCCUACAGCCAUUCCUAAGAAUCUGAAAAGCGGAGGCCGAGUAUUCAACCCUAUAAUAGCCGCCAACAAGCGUGAACUCAUUGAAGCCAGUCCUUCUCAGCCCUUGGCCAUUACCAAUCAUUCAGAGAGCGAAUAUGGGGGUCAAGUAGAGCUCAUUGAGAACAGAAUUUUCUUACUGACUGAGACCGAUAAUAGUAAGUAUUGA